AGCGUCGAAAAGUCUCAAGGAAAGGCUCAAGAAAUGGAAAAAGCUGCUCAACAUUUGCUUAAAGCUUCAACUUAUUUAAUUAAUGAUUUGCCUUCUCCUCAACUUUGUUCUUUUCUUGAACUUCUUUCUGUCAAAUCUAUUGAUAAUCUUGAAAGGAUAAAUUCUAAUUCUAUUCCUCCUGAUCCUCAAACUUCACCAAUUUCCACUACAACAAGUAAUAAAGAAAAUAUUAGUGAUGCUUGGCAAACACUUUCAACUGAUCCAAUUUUAUGGUUGGAUAGACUUUCUUCUGUUUGGAGAAUUCUCAAACCUUGGGAAAUUCAAUUAGAAUAUAAAAAAGGAAGCCUAAAACAAGAAUGCCCGUGGUUGCCUCUCUGCACUAGGGUCGUUCAAUGUACACUUGUUACAUUGCAGCAACAACAAGAAAAACAACGAGUUAUUGAGCAUUGCUGUAGAACUAUUCGUUUUUUAAUUCGUUCAAUGGGUCAACAAUCAAUUGUAUUUAUUGAACCUUUGGCUAAUCAAAUAAUUCUUGUUUAUGGACGUUUCCCUCAUUCGUGCCUUCUCUAUUUAGCUAGUAUACUUGUGGAUGAGUAUGGUAAUUUGGAAUUUGUUCAGCCAGGAAUGCUCUCAAUGCUUGAAAAUUUGGCUACACGCGCACUUUUGUUACUUUCUUCUGUCCCUAAUGGUUCUGAAAUGAAUCCAGAUACAGUUGAUGACCUUUAUCGGUUAGCGGUUCGAUUUGUUCAGCGUUCUCCUUCUUCCGUUUUUUCCCACCAAAUAUCUGCUCAUCUUCUCCAGAAUGCUAUAAACGGGCUUAAUAUUUGUCAAGUAGAUGCUAAUCGAUCGCUAAGUAAAUUUAUAAUGGAAGUUAUUGAUGUUGCUGCUGGGAAAAGAAAAGAGACAUCAAUUCAAGUAGCUGAUGUUCAACGUGUAAAACAAUUAUUAUUGUCUUUAUGUCCACAAAUUAUGUUAUCCAGUGUUUCUGCUGCACUUUUUCAUUUAUCUACUUUAUUAAGUAAAGAAAUGGCUGAAAUUAUGUUUGGAUUAAUACAAUUAGAUAAACAAGUAAUGGUAUAA